AUGGACGUGAAGCUCCUGCCAAGGGAGGCUCGCACCGACAGUGGCAGCCCGGCCCGCGGCGAGCCGGGGCUCGGCGACGGCCUCGCCGCUGGGAAAGCGGUUGAGCGGUCGUCGAGCGCGUUCCUUGUGUCUGGCACCUCCAGCCUGCGCGCCGUCACCUUCAACUGUGCGUGCACGGCGCUCGGGACGGGCAUCCUCGCCAUUCCGCACGUGCUGACGGAUGUCGGCCUGGUGGGCGGCAUUCUCCUCCUCGCUUUCGUCUGGUUCAUCACUGAGCGGAGCGCGUCCUUCAUCGGGAUCGCCGCGGAGCUCUCGGGCGAGAACCUCUACACGGAGAUCGUCAAUGCCGUAUUUGGCCGCGCCGGAGGCUACCUCACCGGCGUCGUCCUCGUGCUGUACUGCUUUGGCGCCUGCAUCGGCGGCCUCGUCGUCAUCAAGCAGCUCUUUCCGACGGUCCUCACCUUCGCUGCGACGGCGCUGAUGCUCGCUGGAGCCGUCGUCUUCCUUGUCCCGCUCUGCGCUCUCCCCUCGAUGGAGGCUCUCAAGUUCACGUCGGUCUCGUCGGUCGUGCUUCAAUUCGCAAUCGUGGGAAGCGUCGUGCUGGCAGCCGUAGCCACGAGCGAGGAGAAGGGCGACGUCGACCCCGUGCCCUGGAUCGGCCUGUCGCCCCUCGCGUGGAUGCGCUCGACGCCGGUCGUCACCUUUGCCUUUCAGUUCCACCAAAACGUCCCGUUUGUCUUGCAAGAGCUACGGCGGGACCCGAGCGAUUCCAAGUGGGCGACCAAGCGGGAAAAGCUGCAGACCGGGAUGCGAAUCGCGGGCGGCACGUGCUUCCUGCUCUAUGCAACCAUCGCCGUCGGCGGCACGCACGCCUUUGGCAUGGCGGUUGACAAGAAUGUGCUCGUGUCGCUGAGCACGCCGCGCGGGCUGGAGCUGGUGCCGGAGGCGCUCGUCGCCGCCGUGCAGGGGGCGAUGACCGCCAUCAUGGUGUUUGUCUUUCCGCUCAACGCCUUUGGACUGCGCGUCGGGGUUCACGAGCUCUUCCUCGGCGGCGGCGACGAGACGAGCCGUCAGCGCUGGCUCACGACCCCAACUUCGUCGAUGGGCCUGUUUGAGACUCACUGGUAUCGACUUCCCCGGCAAUCGGCGCGAUGGGCCUUAUUUGGGCGCCGACGCUCGGGGUCGUCUGGCAACGGCACCGGGAGCUCGAGACGCAGCUCUCGGGGCCAGCCAACCCAGGAGUCGAUUUUAGGACCAAUCUCAAUGACAAUCGAUAUCAACAUGAACGACGGGGACUCGGACGCGAUGGAUAAUCGGAGAUAG